AAAAAAAAAAACUUUUAUUGCUCAUUUCAGUUCAAUAACACAACGAGUGCUUGAUUAGGCCAGGCAAUUCCGUUAAUUGAAUUUGGCCCAAUUGUCGACAUCUGCUGUUUGCUGAACGAGUGGAGUCCUCCAUCCUGCAUCCUCCGUGCACAAGGUCGUGCUCCCCAGCCUCCAACAGCCGCCGAAUAUCCAAGCAUCUUAAUAUAACCGUAAUAACCUUCAUUUGGUAUGUAUUGCCUUAAUCCUGGUCAAAUCAACACGAGUGCGUUAAUAGGGCUAAUCUCGCUGUCGUUCCUUUAAUGGCGUCUGAGAUUGGUCUUAAGCCGUCUUCUCUCCCGCGCCGGAGGCAUGGCGGCGCACUGCAGCCGCAUCCUGACUCCAACACAUCCCACAACCUGAACACGCAUCGCUCAGGCUCGGCUGCGACAGGCAGUGAGAGCAGCACUGCGACCGCGUUAGAGGAGGAGGCAGACAGCCCGAGAGAGGAGCAAAGGCCUCUGAAACAGUCGCUGAGCAAGUCCCUGUGCAGAGAAGUGUUCUGGAAAUGCCUCUUGCUCUCCAUGCUCAUGUACGGGUGCAUGGGGGCCAUGGUGUGGUGCCAUGUUACCAAGGUCACCCGGCUAAGCUUCGACAGUGCCUACAAAGGGGAGUCCAUGAUAUACCAUGACAGUCCAUGCUCUGAUGGUUACAUUUAUAUCCCUUUAGCAUUCCUUGUCAUGCUCUAUGUCGUUUACCUGGUGGAAUGCUGGCACUGCCAUGCAAGGAACGAGCUACAGUACAAAGUGGAUGUAGAGGGCAUCUAUGAAAGGGUGCAGAGGAUGCAACAGGCCAAUCCCUGUAUCUGGUGGAAAGCCAUCAGCUACCAUUAUGUCCGGCGAACACGACAGGUAACACGCUACCGCAACGGCGAUGCCUACACCACCACUCAGGUGUAUCAUGAGAGAGUGAACACACAUGUGGCUGAAGCAGAAUUUGACUACGCCCACUGUGGAGUGAAGGAUGUUUCUAAGCAUUUAGUUGGCCUGGAUAAAUCACCUAUCACCAAAUUAAGGUUCACCAAGUGCUUUAGCUUUGCUAACGUGGAGUCUGAGAACUCCUAUCUUACUCAGCGGGCCAGGUUCUUUACUGACAAUGAAGGUCUUGAUGAUUAUAUGGAGGCUCGGGAGGGAAUGCACCUGAAGAAUGUAGAUUUCAAAGAGUACAUGAUUGCCUUCUCAAAUCCAGAAAACCACCCUUGGUACAUCUCUAACUAUGUCUUCUGGACAGCUGCCUUCCUCACAUUCUCUUGGCCUUUGAGGGUGCUGACAGAGUACCGCACAGCUUAUGUCCACUACCGUGUGGAGAAGCUUUUUGGGACAGACUACAUCCCAGUGACACCAUGUGAAGAGCAUCCUUACUGCAGACGCAUUCCCAGGGUCAAUACAAUUGACAGUACUGAGCUAGAGUGGCACAUCCGCUCCAACCAACAGCUGGUGCCCAGUUACUCAGAGGCAGGUCUGAUGGAUCUAGCCCAGCACUCAGGAGGUUUUAGGCAGAACUGUGAACGCUGCCACCGAGCCAUCAGCAGCUCUUCAGUCUUCUCCCGUAGUGCUCUGAGCAUCUGCAAUGCAAGCCCUCGCCUACCCUUUAGCAGCAGCCGUUUUUCACUUGGCCGUCUGUAUGGCUCACGUCGCAGCUGCUUCUGGAGGAGUGGCAGCCUGGAUGAGCCUGAGAGCCCCGGUGAGAACACACGCUGUCUUUCCGGACAUAUCACCACAACUGAGGAUGACCCUCCAGCCUACCAAGAUGCACUAUACUUCCCAGUUCUUAUUGUCCACUGCAGUGAGAGCUGCCCCAAUCACCGCUCUUUCCACAGAAACAGCUCAUGUGUAGAGACCUCAUUAUGAGGCUCAUUGAGAGAUACUAGUAAAAACAAAUGGAUGUAAAUGAACAACCCUAAAACCCUAUACACUAAACUCAAAAAAUGACCUGUCACUCAGGAAUCGCAGUGUCCAUGACCCAGUAUUUGCAGCCCAGAGGCUGUUAUGGGAAUGGUGCAUUGCUUUAAGACAGACUUUGUAUUUAUGUUGAACUAUGAAUGUCCUCCGCACUGUAUUUACCAAAAUGUAAUCAAGUAUUUGGAAGCUACUUUGUCUACAUUAUCACCACAUUCACAGCAAUAAUCAGCAUUCUCUGUUAGAAGUAAUAAUUUUUAUAUUACAUGGUUCUAAUUAUAGCUGCAAGAUUCUUUUGUAAUAUUGAAAGACAAGUUUCUGUUUUGUUUAAUACAAAGGCCUAAGCCUUUACAAAGCAAAUAUCCUUUCUGUGCUUUUAACUUUGAUUACAAAGUUUUGUUUUGUUUUUUCCCCCAACAAGAAAACUUUUUUUUUUUUUUGUAACCAUGUUGCACUCAAGGUCACAUAAACCAAAUUAUGUUUCUAUUGAACAAGAAUGUUGUAAAGUUACUUCGAAAGUAAAAGCGAUGUACAGUAUAUCACCAUACAAAACAACAUUUAUGGUUUACACUCAUGUAAGGCCAUGUAUUGUAUACAAGAGAUAUCUGUUUUGUGUAAUUUCAGUGUGCUGUAACUUGAUAAUAUGCUAUUGUAUGCUAUUAUAAAAACAUAUUGUAUAUUAUAAGUAUACUACACAAGAUAUCUGAAUCUGCUGAGAAAAAUAACAUUCAACAUUUCAGGCUAUGCAACAAUUAACCUCCAGUAUAGUAUGCCAUUCAAAUGUAUAUACAACUUUAAAUGGAAUGUAUGACUGUUGUAUCUUUUUAACUGCUUGUAUGUAACAGACCAACCCAGGUGGGACUGAGAUUACAGGCUGGACUUUACAACACCGCAAUCCAUGAUAUUUUCAUGAAUAUGCGUCAUUUAUCGGGCAUUGGAGAGUUUAUUCUGUGGGAUGGUGAACUGUUGUUGGACAAAUCAUUACAAAGCAAGGCACAAUGACAAAGGGCACUACAAACUUCCUGAACAUACAGUAUGUGGACUGCCCACUCUCAACCAAUGUCAUCUAAGCAAUGUUUGAACUUUCUUACCAGAACACGUUACCAGAAAACGGCUGUUUCAGAUCAAGGUCAUAUCAGAACAUUGGGGACCAUCAGAUCCACUUCCAAAGACAGCUACUUAAAUUUAAGUUUCAUAUAUAUCUUUGGUGCUUUGACUGUUGUGUCUAGAAGAAAACUGUUAAAAUCAGAUAUACACUACGUUUUGUAUUGCCUGAACACUCAUCUAUUUGAGAUUGUUGUAGGAAACUUUCAGUAAUGGUCUUAAGAAGGUUAGAUAAGCAUGAAAAUAACCUUUUUGAAAAUGUGACGUUAUAAUGAUUCAUGCUUAAUGGAGUUAGCUUUCUAAGAACCAUUCAGAAAAGUUUCUUCUGACCCAACAUUGUUAACUGGGUACAUUUGAUUACUUUUACUGAUUGGGUCUGUGGGAAAAAUCACACAAUGUUGCCUUUAUGUAGCACAAACACUAUAA